AUGGAAAACCAUUCUAUUUACAAUGUAACAAUUCAAGACCUGGAUGUGGCCAGCUCAGAUCGGAGCUUGCGAGUCCUCACUGGACUACUUCUCUUCCUCCUGAUCCUAUCUACUCUUUUGGGGAAUACCCUGGUCUGCCUAGCUGUGAUCAAGUUCAGACAUUUGAGAUCCAAAGUAACCAAUUUUUUUGUGAUCUCUUUGGCAGUUUCAGAUCUCUUUGUGGCUCUUCUAGUGAUGCCCUGGAAAGCUGUAACUGAAGUGGCAGGUUAUUGGAUCUUUGGGGAAUUUUGUGACACUUGGAUUGCAUUUGAUAUAAUGUGCUCAACAGCUUCUAUACUGAACCUGUGCAUCAUUAGUUUGGACCGGUACUGGGCUAUAGCAAGUCCUUUCAGGUAUGAGAGGAAAAUGACGCAGAGAGUUGCUUUCAUCAUGAUUGGGGUAGCUUGGACUUUAUCAAUCCUAAUAUCUUUUAUACCAGUUCAACUCAGCUGGCACAAAUCCCAAGAGCUUUAUGGACUAAAUUCCACCAACCAAACUGAAAACUGUGACUCCAGUUUAAACAGGACUUAUGCAAUAUCAUCAUCUCUCAUCAGUUUCUAUAUCCCUGUAGUUAUCAUGAUUGGGACCUACACCAGGAUAUAUAGGAUUGCUCAGACACAGAUCAGGAGAAUUUCAUCUUUAGAGAAAGCAGUGGAGCAUGCACAAAACUGUCACCCUGACUGUCCACAUGAAAAUUCAUUGAAAACCUCAUUUAGAAAGGAGACCAAAGUUCUCAAGACAUUGUCUAUAAUUAUGGGUGUGUUUGUCUUUUGCUGGCUUCCCUUCUUUGUUCUAAACUGUAUGGUCCCUUUUUGUCACAUAAGUUUUCCAGGACAAAAGGAGGCUGAGCCACCAUGUGUUAGUGAGACAACCUUUGACAUAUUUGUGUGGUUUGGUUGGGCCAACUCAUCAGUGAAUCCUAUUAUUUACGCUUUUAAUGCUGACUUCAGAAAAGCGUUUACCACAAUCCUGGGGUGCAAUAGGUUCUGUUCUAGCACACAUGUAGAGGCUGUAAAUUUCAGUAACGAACUUGUAUCCUACCAUCAUGACACUACAUUUCAGAAAGAUAUUCCUGCAAAUUUUAACAGUACUCAAAUUCCCAAUGCAGUAAAUCAAGACCACGAAGAUUUAGAAGGACAUUGCUAUGACAAAGUUUCAAUCAUUUCUAUUUCACAUGGGACCAGAUGUCACAAGAACUUGCUUCUGUCUGCUGGUGUCCAGUUUGAAUGUGAAGCUGAGAUUUCACUGGAUACUAUCAAACCAUUUACUUCUGCAGGGUCACAAGAAUGUUACCCACAUGCUAUGACUGAAGAUGAAAGAAAAUAUGUUACAAAAUUAUAUUAA